UUGUUAGCCCCAAUUAGUUUAACGUUUCUCACAUUUUUUUAUAUAAAAAAGACAGGAAAAUGCAUCAAGGUGACAAUAUUGUUCACACAAUACAAUGAAACAACAACAAAAAUCGAAUGUUCUUUCAUUCGGGCGAAAACAAAAAAACGUAUAGUUAUGAGAAAUCUUUUAAGUAAUAAUGUUAAAACGAGAGAUACCCAUUAGUACAGGGUUAAUGACAAUCGAGGUCUUGAAGGAAAAUUGCUUUUUUCUAUUCUUCCACCAUUUUACGCAAUUUACUUUGAAAAAACUUAGUAUAACUAUUUCAAAAUAAUCAAUAUCGUUUACUCUUAACAGUCAAUACUCUAUUGUUAAUAAAUAAUAAUUUCAAUUUAAUACAAAAUUAAAAUUAUAACGCUGUUAGAAAUUCACUAUAGAUGAAAGAAUAUAGAUCAUGUUCUAACAUUCAACAAUGAUGAAGAUAUGACAAAAUAUAAAGAUAAAGAUUAGGCGGAAGGAGGGGCGAAGAAGCAAGCAAACAGACAGAGCAGAAAAUUCUGUACUAGUGUUGUAAUGAUUCAUCAGAAAAAAAUUAAAAAAAGGGCAGUAAUACGUUCCUUUAGAUCAAACUUGUAAAUAGUAUAAUGAUCCUUUAGUUUGCAAAAAUGACUGUUUUGUCAUUUAAAUUUAUAAACCAAGACUCGAGCAUUGUUCUUCCAUAUAUAUAUAUUAGUUCCAGUUAAAUUUUAUGUAAAUUUCUAUUUUCUUAUUUGUUUCAUAAACUCAUUAGUAAUAUUACACUAUGCAUUUCAAUUUAGUAUGCUUUUAAAUCAUAAUUGGCAUAUGUUUAAGUCAUACUUUUGUAUCUAAGUCAAGUUUCUUCUCUAAACUUCUAACAUAUAUAAUAUACUUGUACGAAUGUACUUCCUCUUUAUAAUAUUAACAAUGCUCGAUAUAGUUUAUAAGCUAAUACGAGCAAAUACUGAAUUUUGAAAUACAGUCUAAUCAAAUCUGACAUUAUAACACAAAUGCUAACGAUACUAAUAAGAAACAGGUGAAUAAUAAGAAUGUUAACCAUGUAUGAAUGAUAUUAUAUAACUAUUGCUAAAAAAUAAAUUGUGGAGUUUAUCAUUGA